AUGCAUGUGCAGCCAUACAGUGCACAUAGAAUGGGUAAAAUGUAUACACAGCAUAGACGGUGCAGUGUGAUAAUGGAAAGACAUACCGUUCUUAAGCUCGACAGAGACCGUUUCAUUUGUCAAUUUCAUAAGAAACCUGCAACAAUCAGCGGUGUUUUUGAGCGCAUACAACACACCUUACGAGCUUCAUUUUUGUCUGCACUGAAUAGGGAACGUUGCCAUGGCAUACCUGAGGACUACGGAAGCGCAACAAGCAGAAGAUGGGCAAAGGCAGCAAUAGUGAUUGGGAGAAAAAUACACAAAACAGAAGAGAAAAAGCACAAAGAAGGAGAAGACAGGCUGUGUUAA